CAGAGGGCACACCGUGUGACGCAACCAUUUUUCCUCGUGUCGUGCCGGAGUCGGGUCGAGUUCUCAGCGUAUCCCGCUCUCUCGUCCACGUUCAACCACGUUGCCCGUCGACGCUCUAGCCAGCAUGAACGGUAUCGUGAGGAGCGCGUUACGCGCCACGACGCUCCGCGGCGUGCUGUCGUCCUCGUGCGGCGGCAACAGCGGCGGCCAAUCCGCCAGGGCCCUGUGGAGUGUGUGCGGUCGCCGACAGGCCGCCGAGAUCGCGCCUCUCGUCUCCACGCCCGAGUUGCAUGAUUUCCGCGCCCGAAGAUUCUACAGCAAAUCGCAUACGAAAGCGGAAAAAGAAUUAGGGGAGUUCCUGGCCGAGGAGAUAGUAGCGGAAAAGAAGACAAUGAAAACAAACAUGAUACCAACAAAAUUAGACGGCUUCUCAGUGUCCCUCAAUGGUGCCGAAGUCAAUCUUGAAAAGAAAGAUGACACUGAUACCAUUCAUAUUUCAUUCAAUGUGAACCAUACAGUGGAUGCAGAAUCUGAAGCAGAAAUGAAUCCUAAUAGCGACAAUGUGGAAAUUGGCGAAAUGAAGAGCAAGCCGAAUUUUACAGUAGACAUAGUGAGGGGCAAUCAGACUCUAGGCUUUACGUGUUCCUUUAACGAUGAAGCUGGUGCAUCGGGCGCCGAUGAUAAUUAUAAUGAUAUAUUCGGUAUCGAUGAAAUCACGCUGUACGAAGGAGAACACAGUACUAAGGUGUACUCCGCGGCUGGCGAAAUCCUCGACGGAUAUCUCUAUGAUCUAUUGAUGAACUACCUCGAGGAGAAGGGCGUUUCGAACGAAUUUGCGGAGAAACUAAUCGAGAUGAGCACGAGCUACGAGCAUACGGCUUACAUCAGCCUAUUGGAGGGCUUGUUGAAGUUCACAUCUAGAAAAUAAUUCUAGGAAUUAAGAUUAACAUUACCUGCGAUUUAUGAUACUGUAGUUCAUAAGAAUUGUUAAUAAAACGACAUCCUGAUACUAA